AUGGCGACCAACGGCCUUGUCGUUGCAGCUCUGGCUGCCGCUGUCCUGGCUCAGACUUCGGUAGAUCUAAUUACGGUCCUCAACUCCACGAAUGGGACCUCCACCAUCAGCCAAGUGGUCUCAGAGGUCCCUGGCUUUCUGGAUGCUAUAGCUGGAAAGACGAACCUCACCUUCCUAGCCCCGAACGAUACUGCCAUUGCCACUUUUUUGGACACUCCGGCUGGCCAGGCAAUCGAGGAUGCUGGUGACGACUACCUCUUGAAUCUAUUGCUUUACCAUGUUAUCGAUGGAGGAUACAACAACAUCACAGACUAUUACGUCUCCCCAACUCUAUUGACUUCAAGCAAUUAUACCAAUGUGACAGGUGGACAAAACAUCGGUAUCUAUUACGACGACGACGAAAAUGUCGUUGGCAUCUAUGGCGGACUGGACUACAGCCCUGAGGGGCCUCCGACGCCAAUUCCUUUCUCUCAAGGAUGGAUCUAUGUCAUCAAUGGCGUGCUGAAGAUCCCCCCAAGUGUCUCCGUGACUGUGACCUCGGGCGACUUCAACGGCAGUUCCUUCGUGACUGCCCUGAACGAAACCGGCCUGACUGAACAAGUCGAUCUCCUCCACGAUGCGACAUACAUAAUUCCGGACAAUGAUGGCUUCGAAACUGUGCAGCAAGCUCUCUCAGAUUUGAGCACCGAGCAACUGGCUGAAGUGCUCAAAUACCAUGUGGUGGCCGGCAAAGUCUGGCACUUUGACGACUUACAGAACGGCACGCAGUUGACCACGUUGCAAGGUCAGUCCCUGACAGUCUCUGUUACCCCUGCAGGAGACUAUUUCAUCAACAACGCCGGAAUCAAUUAUGUGGACCUCGCGGUUUCUGAAGGCCUCGUCAUCUUCGUGGACAAUGUGCUGAAUCCUAAUGCCUCUUGGACCCCGCCAGUCAAUGGUACUGAGGACGGUGUACCCGCCUGGCCCAUCUCGAACACCGCUAACAAUGGAAGCGAUGGUUCAAGUACGGCAUCAGCUAGCAGCACGCUUGCCGCUGCCACCUUCACUGGGCUUGCUGCUGCACCAUUGAAGACCGGUGCUGUUGGUGCGGCAGUCAUAUUCGGUGGUGCUGCGUUGGCAUUCGUUCUCUAG